CUGCCUUUGAUUCUCGAGGGGGCUGGUACGAGCGGAGCACUCGUAGUAGGUCUAGAGACUGCAAUCUGAUCCUCGCUCAAUUUUUUUUUUUGUCUGGUGCCUCGCAGGACUGUUAUUGUAGGUCUCCGAGCCAAGCUUUCACACACACACUCACUAACAUGCGGAUCGGCAACGGCGCUCGCACUUUCCGAACAACCAGCGAAAGCAGACGGACGUUGCUCCGGGCCAGCUCCGACGGGAGACAGUAACGUGAAGAGUCCGGUCACUAUUUUAACUAAACCAAAAAAAAAAAAAAAAAAAGACUUAAGAGCCGAACGGGGCACUCGAUUCGGAAGGUACAGUCAAUGGAAAUCUAAAAAUAUACACUGCCGUCUUGGACAUAUAAACUGCCUCUGACGAUUACGUGGUGAUACGGGAUUGUAGUUCCACCAGAAAUACUCGUGUUGCAACUGCCUUUUUGGAAGCCUCUUGCCUAAGAGGCCGUGUUUGUUUGGAUCUAGAGUAUAUUCAAGCACAUUUUGGACAUUUAUACGUCAUUACACGUUUGGUCGGAUUACGAGAAGAGAUUUGUAACUGGUUUCUUCUAUAAAGUAUAAUUGGGACUAUCCGUCGGUGUAUGUUCAGUUUCAUCAACUAAUCAGGAUUACUGUCAAAUUGGAAGUCGCUUGGUGUGUGCUGAGGGGCUGGCGGGCCCUGCGUUGGACCUGGAGCAUGCGCGUGCGCGCGGAGGAUGCCUGACUCGGCCGCGGGCAGCAGCGGUCCCCGCCUCCCCCUGCCCUCCAGAGGAAUGAUCUCCCUGUGGAGCCUCUGCUUCUACUGCUCCGUGUGUCUGCACUGCUGCGCCAGCGCCAGGCUGCCCACGGCCCCGCCUGCAGACUCUGUAUCCAGUGAGGCGGCCUUCCUCGAGGAUUUCGUCCUUGGGGUCGGCGACACCCUGGACCUGAGCUGCAGCCCCCAGGGCGUGGCACAGCCGAUCACAUGGCUCAAGGACAGCGCGGCGCUGUCGCCUAGCAACCGCACGCGGGUGGGGCAGCGGGUGCUGCGCAUCAUCAACGUGUCGUACGAGGACUCGGGGGUCUACUCCUGUUGGCACGGCAACACGCUGCUCGGGAACUUCACUGUCAAAGUAGCAGAUUCCUUGUCUUCCGGGGACGACGAAGACUACGACGAAGAGUCGGACGAUGGAGGUAAUGGAAAUGAAUGGAAUACAUUAGUGCUCAUCAUGCAGGAUUCUCAAGAUUGGCUCAAACUCCAGUCUGUGGUCAGUAGCAGCACAGAGGCCCAUGUUAAACUCACUCUGUUCAAUGUGACAGAGAAAGACCAGGGCAAGUACUGGUGUCGGGCCUCUAAUUUCGUAGGCAAGUCGGAGAACCCCUUCUGGCUUUUUGUUCAGAAACCAGAGCCCAGAGGAAGGGGUGUGGCCACGGACUCCACAGAGCGCUACGAGAGCCAGGCCCGGACGGCAGGUAUAAACACCACGGAUAAGGAACUAGAGAUUCUGUUCCUCACCAACGUGUCGUAUGAGGACGCUGGGGAGUACACCUGUCUAGCUGGGAACUCUAUUGGGUAUGCUUACCACUCGGCAUGGCUGACCGUGCUGCCAGCCGUCGAAGACAGCGAGAAGGAGGACGACUACGCCGACAUCCUGAUCUAUGUGACAGGGUGCGUGCUCUUCAUCCUCACGGUGGUCAUCGUCAUCCUCUGUCGCAUGCGGAUGUCGAGCCAGAAGACGCUGCCCACGCCGCCCGUGCAGAAGCUCUCCAAGUUCCCUCUCAAGAGACAGGUGUCUUUGGAGUCCAACUCGUCCAUGAACUCCAACACGCCGCUGGUGCGCAUCGCCCGGCUGUCCUCCAGCGACGGGCCCACGCUGGCCAACGUGUCCGAGCUGGAGCUGCCCGCCGACCCCAAGUGGGAGUUCCCGCGGACCAGGCUGACCCUGGGAAAGCCCUUGGGCGAGGGCUGCUUCGGGCAGGUCGUCAUGGCCGAGGCCAUCGGGAUCGACAAGGAGAAGCCGAACAAACCCCUCACGGUCGCCGUCAAAAUGCUGAAAGAUGACGCCACUGAUAAGGACCUAUCAGAUCUGGUGUCUGAGAUGGAGAUGAUGAAGAUGAUUGGCCGACACAAGAACAUCAUCAACCUAUUGGGCGCGUGCACGCAAGACGGGCCCCUGUACGUGCUGGUGGAGUACGCCUCCAAGGGGAACCUGCGGGAGUACCUGCGGGCCCGCAGGCCCCCCGGCAUGGACUACUCCUUCGACACCUGCAAGAUCCCCGACGAGCAGCUCACCUUCAAAGACCUGGUGUCCUGCGCCUACCAGGUGGCCCGGGGCAUGGAGUACCUGGCCUCCCAAAAGUGCAUCCACAGAGACCUGGCCGCCCGGAACGUUCUGGUUACGGAAGACAACGUGAUGAAGAUCGCAGAUUUCGGGCUGGCCAGGGACGUGCACAACAUCGACUACUACAAAAAGACAACUAACGGACGGCUGCCGGUGAAGUGGAUGGCGCCAGAGGCCCUGUUUGACCGGGUCUACACACACCAGAGCGACGUCUGGUCCUACGGGGUGCUUUUAUGGGAGAUCUUCACCCUGGGGGGGUCCCCGUACCCUGGCAUCCCUGUCGAGGAGCUUUUCAAACUGCUGAAGGAGGGGCACCGCAUGGACAAACCCGCCAACUGCACCCACGAGCUGUACAUGAUCAUGCGGGAGUGCUGGCACGCUGUGCCCUCCCAGAGACCCACCUUCCGGCAGCUGGUGGAGGACCAUGACCGCGUGCUCUCCAUGACCUCCACUGACGAGUACCUGGACCUGUCGGUGCCAUUUGAGCAGUAUUCCCCCACCUGCCAGGACUCGAACAGCACCUGCUCCUCCGGGGAUGACUCCGUCUUCGCCCACGACCCCCUGCCCGACGAGCCCUGCCUGGCCAAAGAGCACCAGAGCAACGGGGUGCUCAGGACGCAGACCUGAGGAGCGCGCCGCGUACCCCCCCAAAAAACACCUCUCCUCCUUUUCUCCUGUUCUGGGAGAACCGGGACGAACGCUGUACUCUAGAACAAUCUACACCUCGUAGAACCUCACGUUCUGUGGUCCAGGUUUAGAUUUUUUUUUUUGUAUUAUUAUUAUUAUUAUAAUAUUUUUUUUACUGGGCAACGCUGAGAGGGACCACUCAGCUUGAAGGUGUUCUUCAUCCAAACCCCUCUGAAUCACGGAUUCCCCUUCUUUUUUUUUUUUGGAGGGGGGGGGGGGGGGGUGGGGCCAAAUUUUUUUUGGACGCUCGCGACUGGUCGUGCCAACACCGUUCCGUGCCUACCAAACGCAAAAGGACAGAGAGGACGUCGACUGGGAGGAGGGGAGUGGACACUGUUGCCAUGGGAAGCAGUUUACA